AUGGCUGCUCCGCUCAAGCGGCAUCGUACAUCUUUGGAAGGGGUCAUCUUUCCUCCAUCCCAACGCUUGGCGCAGGAAGAGCAUGACGAAGCCACUAAGCUUUUUGACAGGCUCAUGGACAAUUUCGAGCCAUCGCAGGCAUCCAACAAUGAUUACAAACCAAUAACGCUUCUACGCCUCACGAAGGGGGGGGUCAAUGCUAAAGACGAGUUUCUGAUACUCUUUUUCUCUUUCAUCGAACACGAACGACUUGGAGUCACACGAACCAGUCUGGCUGAGACGCUCAUAGGGUUACAAGGCUUUCAGGGAUGGACUUCCGAAGAACGGAAUGUUCUUUAUCGGAGUCUGGUCAACUUCGCUGGUUAUCUGAUGGAUAACUUCUUCCUACCACUUAAAACAUUGGCCGCAAAGACUCCUCAACCUACGCCGGCAUCAGUUUCUCGUCUGAAAGAGUCAGAACAAGCUAUUGGUACCCCGCAGCGCAUCUCUAAUUUGCGGAAAACAUGCCUUGCACGUGAUCGGCAUCGAUGUGUGGUAACGCGAAAAUUCGAUGUCAGGGAGGCUGAAAGGCGAUACAAGUCUGAUGGAGAAAACGUGCAGGAUGAUGACGGGAACCCUUUACUGCCGGAAGCCGAAGACGCGACUAAUCUAGAAGUUGCGCAUAUCAUUCCUCAUUCUCUCAUGUCUCAUAGUGACAGUGCCGGAGAGUCGAAACUAACUGAGCGAAAACAAAUAGCCCACAAGAUUCUGAAGAUGUUCAACCCGGGCGCUGUCUACCUCAUCAGCGGGACUGACAUUGACCGGGAGAUGAAUGCGCUCACUUUGACCCAUGAUCUUCAUCAAUUGUUCGGUAAUUUUGAGAUCGCGUUCGAACCAGUCCAGGGUCAGCAAUACACGUACAAGAUUGACUAUGUCAAUACAAAUCGCGGAUUUCGAGCCCAAAAGCUUCCUGUCACCCGUACGCUCUAUAUCACCACCGACAGAAGUAUAGACCCGCCUUCUUCCCAACUUCUGGAACUGCAUCGUGCUAUCGGGCGUAUACUUCACCUUAGUGCUGCGGGUGAAUAUCUCGAUAAAUUUAUCGAGGAUAUGAAGGAUAUUGAAGAAGGUGAGGUCUUCUCGAACGGGUCUACUCGAAUUGAUGAUUACGUUCGUUAUAAACUUGCGUCUGAAUUUCACCAGAUGGUUGUUUGCUAG